GUUGCUUGAGGCCGUCUGGGACAUACGCCACUGCCGGCUCGGGAGAUUAACGCCAAGAGGGAAAAGACAUCAUGGAUCCAACUCCAGCCAGUCACAUUCUUCAUAGUGGAUAUCAUCAUCCUGUGGCCAGGAGCUGGCAUCAGAUAGGAGCUUCAAUCCAUUCUGAGAACCUCAUGUACCCCCUAUUCAUUGUGGAUGACGAUAAUGCCGUCGAACCGGUGGCGAGCAUGCCCGGAGUCGCUCGCUAUGGAGUCAACAAGCUCGCGGAAGUUCUAAAACCCUCUCGUCGCAGAUGGUCUGUCGUCUGUCCUCCUGUUCGGAGUCCCGGAGGCGAGAAGGACGGGCGCGGCUCGGGAGCCGACCACCCAGACAACGCCGUGGCUAAGGCCAUCAGGGUGAUCAAGGCGUGCUGUCCGUCGCUGCUGGUCGCCUGCGAUGUGUGUCUGUGUCCGCACACGUCUCAUGGCCACUGUGGUAUCCUGAACGAGGACCAGACCAUCAACAACCCUCCGAGUAUCGCUCGCCUGGCGGAGGUGGCUCUAUUCUACGCGCGCGCUGGCGCCGACGUGGUGGCGCCGUCCGACAUGAUGGACGGCCGAGUGGCGGCCAUCAAGUCAGCGCUGGCCGCCGCCGGCCUGGCCUCGCGCUGCUCGGUGCUCUCGUACGCCGCCAAGUUCGCCAGCGGCUUCUACGGCCCGUUCCGGGACGCGGCGCGGUCUGGCCCGGCGUUCGGGGACCGGCGCCACUACCAGCUGCCGCCGGGCAGCAACGGCCUGGCCCAGCGGGCCGUGGCGCGUGACGUGGCCGAGGGCGCUGACAUGCUGAUGGUGAAGCCGGGCAUGGCCUACCUGGACAUCGUGCGCCAGACCAAGGACCAGUUUCCGCAGUACCCUCUCUUCAUAUAUCAGGUGUCCGGGGAGUAUGCCAUGCUGCACCACGCGGCCAGCCAGGGCGCCGUCGACCUGAAGGUGGUGCUGAUGGAGUCGCUGAUGUCAAUGCGGCGCGCAGGUGAGGCCGGCUAA